UAUAUAUCCUCAAUUGAAUAGUUAUCCCAUUUUAUGAAGUCAACUAUUUUCUUCUCCAUAUAAAAUUACUUGGUAACUUUGAUUGCCCAAUACAUUAUUGCAGCACUUUAUUGUACGUGCUUUUAGUUUGCAAUCCUUUUUAACUACAUCUGCCACUAAAAGCUUUCAGGUCUUACAAUGGGAUAUGGCUUAUGCUAGUGUUGCAUCUCUUAUGAGAACAAUGGGAUUGGUCUUGGAAUCCAAGUCGCCGAUGGAAUUUCUAAUUAGUGACCACAGAGAAGAAUUUCUUGCUCUUCAUGAAAAAGUGAGCUUCUUGGAAGUUUUUCUCAAGGAAUUUGAGAAAAACAACACUUCUGGGAAAAUGACAGAUCUGGAAGCUCAAAUAAAAGAACUUGCAACUAUUGUGGAACACAUUAUUCAACUGAGACUAACAGAAAUCGUAAGCACAGAUGAUGAAAAACAGAAAGAAAAGAUACAUGAGAGGCUUUGGGAUAGCCUAAAACAAGUGACGGAGGAGUUUGAUCAUGUCCAAAAAGAGUACCAAAGGAAUUUGUUCAAGAUUCAAGUUCAGUAAAACAUACUCCGUAUGUGGAGAACAAUAUGGUGGGACGUGAUGAUCAAAGGAAAAGGAUGCUGACAGAACUCACACGGUAUGGUGGUUCGUCUGGUGAACUCAUGUCAUCUCAAUAGUUGGGAUGGGGGGCAGUGGUAAAACAACUUUAGCAAAAGAAGUUUACAAUGAUGAAUCUAUUCGACUUCAUUUUGAUGGUAUGCUGUGAGAUUGUGCUUUCCAAUUGAAAACAAUGGGAGUCGAAUAUUUCUAACGACCCCGUAACACUGAAGUAGCUUCUUUUGCUGGUACAGGAAGUCUUUCUUUGCAGAUGGAUUUAAUGAGUUCGGAUGAGAGUUGGAACCUUUUUGGAAGUAUCGCAUUUUCCAAUGAAGUACUACCAUCCGAGUUCAAGAUUAUUGGGAAGCAAAUUGUAGACAAAUGCCACGGGUUACCACUUACUAUUGUCAUGGUUGCUGGGCUUCUCAAAUCUAAAAGGACAAUUGAAUAUUGGGAAAAUGUUGCUAAAGAUGUUAAGUCAAUCACAAAUGAUCCUGAUAAACAAUGUUUGGAUGUUUUGGGGUUGAGUUGCAAUCACUUGACCAGUGAUCUAAAAGCUUGUCUACUAUAGUUUGGAAUUUUUCCAGAAGAUAAUGAGAUUUUAGUGAAGAGAUUGGUGAGAUUAUGGAUGGCUGAGGGGUUCCUGAAGUUGGAAAAUGAUUUGGCAGGAGAGGCUGAGAAGUGUUUGCAAGAGCUUGUCGAUAGAUGUCUAGUUCUUGUCAGCAAGAGAAGUCUUGAUGAAACAAAAAUUAGAUCAUGUAAGGUUCAUGAUCCAGUACAUGACCUGUGCUUGAGAGAAUUAACUCAAAGCCAAGAUGUUUUUGUCUUGAAUGACAUUCUGCCUUAUGAGAUGUGCUCAGAUGAAGCUCAAAGCUCAAAUCCUGUUCCUCUAGAAUAUUGUCGUCUUAGUAGGCAUGAAAUUUGGCCCUUUAAACAACGGACUGGUUAUUGGCUGGGUCAUUAUAGGGUCCUUCUUAACCCUGGAUAUCAUCAUCAUUUGAUAAGGGGGCAGACAACUGAUGACAGCAACAAUCUCUUGAAACGAACUCGUUCCAUUUUCUCUAUGUUUUCCUUCUAUCUAGAUUUUCCUCUCGAAUCACAGCUUUUUCAUUUCGGUUCACUCAGAAUCUUGGAUUUGACUGGUGUAACUUUUGGUACUUUCCCUACAGAGAUACUAUACCUCGUUUGGUUGAGGUACCUUUCAAUGUCGGGGUAUUUUCACGUACCUCCAACUAUUUGUAAUUUAUUCAAUCUGCAAACAUUCAUAGCUAAAUCGGAAUGGACUCCAACUUUUCCACAACAAAUUUGGGGAUUACUAGAAUUAAGGCAUCUAGUAACCGACUCUAUUGAUUUGAAAAAUCCCUCAAGUUUACUUGUCAAUGAAGAGAGGUCCUUCGUCUUUUCGAACAUACAUACUAUUUCUGGAAUGUAUCCACGUUGUUUCACAGAAGAGGUUAUGUCAGGGAUUGUGAAUGUUAAAAAGUUAGGAAUAUAUGGCAAUGAAGAGGAUUAUGUAUGUUUUCAAGAAUCUAGAUUUUUCUACAAUCUCUUCCAUCUUCAUCAACUUGAAACAUUGAGUUUAAAACUCCAUGGUUAUUUGAACCAGAACAAGAAUUCACCAUUGACCAUUCCAAGUGCAAAAGUUUUUCCAGCUACACUCAAGAAGUUAAAGUUGAUCAAUACUGGUCUAAGUUGGGGGGACUUGAACAUCAUAGGUGAAUUGCGUAACCUGGAGGUGCUGAAGCUGUAAUAUGGUGAUUGUCGCAGUGAUGAAUGGCAUCCAAUUGAAGGGGCCUUUGCUCGGUUGGAAGUUUUGCAACUUUACCUGAGUGAACUCAAGUACUGGAAAGACACAAAUGAAAACUUCCCUAUCCUUGAGCGACUCAUAAUUACAGCUUGCUCUGAUUUGUACAAGUUACCCAUUGAGUUUGCAAAAAUCAACUCGCUGCAACUAAUUGAGUUAAAAUGGUGUAACCCAAACUCCAGGACUCUGCUGCACGAAUUCAACAAGAACAAGAAGACCUCGGGAACAAACCACUAGAUUUUCUUAUCGUAAAAAAAUCCAAGUAUAAAAAUUAUAUUCAAGAAUGAACAUCCUGUAAUUGUUCAUAAAUUUUAAGCAUAUGCUUACUGAGGUUACUGUUAUUUUCAUUUACACAAAGUUAUACUUGUUCUACUUCAGAUAA